AUGGAUAGUGCAAACAAUGUAACUGAAUUCAUUCUUUUGGGUCUCACACAGAAUCCAGAGAUGCAGAAAAUGUUUUUUGUGGUAUUUUUACUCAUCUAUCUGUUGACCUUGGUGGGAAAUCUAUUAAUUGUCAUUACCAUUGCAGUCAGUCAGACUCUAAACUCCCCUAUGUAUACCUUUCUUUCUUAUUUGUCCUUCUUAGAUAGUUGCUAUUCUUCUUCCAUGGGCCCCAAAAUGAUAAUUGAUUCCCUCUCUGAUAGAAAAACAAUAUCUUUCAAUGCAUGCAUGGCCCAGCUCUUUGCAGAACAUUUGUUUGCUGGGGCUGAGAUUAUCCUCCUAAUGGUGAUGGCCUAUGACAGUUAUGUGGUCAUUUGUAAGCCCCUGCAUUAUUUAACCAUCAUGUACAGAUCAGUAUGUAGUCUUUUGGUGGGAUUGGCUUGGAUGGGAGGCUUUAUUCAUGCCAUAAUAUUGAUUCUAUUCAUCAUUUGGUUACCUUUCUGUGGACCCAAUGUUAUUGACCAUUUUCUUUGUGAUUUCUUUCCUUUGUUGAAACUCUCUUGUGUUGAUAUCCAUCCCUUUGGGAUUUUUGUUGCUGCCAAUAGUGGGAUAAUGUGCAUACUAAUUUUUUUCAUGCUUCUCGCAUCUUAUAUCAUCAUUUUGAAUUCCCUGAAAACACAUAGCUCAGAAGGGCAGCGCAAAGCUCUUUCAACUUGUGUGUCCCACAUUGCCGUGGUCAUUUUGUUCUUUGUGCCAUGUAUGUUUGCAUAUCUACGGCCUAUGACCACUUUUCCCAUUGAUAAGGCCAUGGCUGUGUUUUAUACAAUGAUAACACCAAUGUUAAAUCCCCUAAUCUACACAUUGAGGAAUGAAGAAGUAAAAAAUGCCAUGAGAAAAUUAUGGAGCCAAAGAAUGCUUUAA